UCCCGUCAUGCUCCACGUUGUGACCCAAAAUGGCGGCGCUCUAGUCUAUUUUUACGACUUUGUGUCAGUUAAAGCCGUCUUUGUCUUCACUCUGUCCCAUUGUGUAGUGAAAAGUUAAGCCUUCGUGUAAGAUUUAACCUAUACAAUUCCCUUGCUGCAUGAAAAAUUGAACGAUAAACGUUAUACGGUAUAAUCAAAUGCCAAAAGUGCUAAGGAGCACGCGGCCGAUUCGAAGACGCUCAUUUGCAUAUCUAAGGUGCCAAGCUGAAUGAACGGCAGUUUUGACCGUUGGGUAGUGUAUACAAGUAAUGUGUACACGGCGGCACGUAAUAUUACCCUUCUUGUUUGGUAUCCGGGUCGACAUGAAGGGCCUGUUGGAGUGUUUGAGGUUGAAGUAAAACCACCAUGGCCAAGGAAAAAAUCAUAUGCAAGCUGUGCAAGAUAGUUUACAUAACUAAAGAGGAGUUGGAAGAACAUAGCUGGAGCCUCCUUCAUCAUAAGGAGUAUGAGGCCCAGCAUGGAAAGAACUCUGCCCAUGACUGUACCCUGUGCCACACGACCUGUGUGGGUCUGUCAGCUUAUGUCAAACACCUGAACUCUGAUACACACCGACAGAACAGACAGAAACGUCUGGAGGGAAAGAAGGUCUCACCACCAAGGGAAAGGGACAACUCUAGAUCUCACAGGAGAGACUCCCCUCCCGAUAAAGGCAAGCAGCUAACUCCCAGGUCUUCCAGCAGAAGGGGAAGCUAUCAAGGUACUCCUGAGGGGCAAGAUGCCUGGAGUGGGGCAGGGGGUAGUAGUCAGGGGAUGGGGAGGGGCAGGCAGACACGCUGGGACGUCCAAGACCCUCACCAGACACCGGGUAGGGGUAGGGGAGGACACAGACGUUGGGAAGAUCAGACUAGAAGCCACGUCGGUCCUCCCCCUGCGACCUCACCAAGAUGGAACAGUCCAGGUGAGGAGUACCAGGCUGCGGUUGGUCAGCAGUGGUCCCAGCAUGCCCCAGCCCCGUACCACCGCAACGUGCAGCAGACGCCGCAGAACUGCUACUACGUAGACUCGUUCGCGUACGAGGAUGGCUUCCAGGCCUUUAACUACAAGUACUCUGGACCUAACAACAGGCACAGACAAGACAGUCAUAGGUUCAGCCGGGAGACAGAAAGGUCUCGGUCACACGAAAGGAGGUAUUCUCCGUACGACUUAAGAAACAGGGCCAGAGGAAGAGAAAAUGCACCUCACACGCAGGACGAUUCUUUUACCCAUCAAAGAAGGCCGUCUGCUGGUAUGAGCCAAGAGAGAGAUAGAUAUCCUGUUGGUAGAGACAGAGACCCAAAUGUACCAGAGAGGGACCUGGAAAAGCCAGCUCAAGACAGUACGCAAUCAGGUAACAUGGAAACCCCUUCUGAUUCCAGAGCCAACAUUAGCGUUUCAAGUAGGUACAGGUGGUCUAGGUCAAGCCAUGCAACUCCAGAAGACAGAGAAAGGGAACGCCUAAGGCAUCCAAGUUCAGAAAGACCCCAUUCUUUGCCAGGUUCUAGAAGGACAAACGGGCAGACCUCUCAAAGAAGGCGUUCGCUCGACAUUGCUCUAGAAUUAGAAGCAACAAAAUCUGCCGAAACCGAAGGAGAGUCUGACUCUAACCUCAGAGCGGCACAGAAAGCAGAGACAGCCGUUAACAAGGAGAGAAGCUCGUCAGAUACGGAAAGACGGGGCGAAACCUUGCACGGUUCUAGCAAGAAAUCCGUAGAAACUCCCAUCAUGAAAGCCGCGUUGCUUGAGCUAAGCAAGGUGAGGAAAGGUAGUUUCAAGCCCACCGAAAAGGACCUUCUCAGGCCCACAAUCGUUGACUCAGAUAAGGCCAAUAAGGCAGUAGAUCGGGAUUCCUAUGUCCAACAAGUACUCAGUAGGGCAGAGAACCUGGGCAAUCUGCUCAGGGCAAAGAGGCAGGGAGAGAGUGAGAGUGAGAAGCUGCCCUUGGAACAGAAGGUGAAACGAAGGAUGGAGAAGUUUCUGACACCCAGAGGAGAACAGAAAGGGAAGACAGAGGAAGGAGAGGUAGAGUCUACUCCUGGUGUACAGAAGGAUCAGUCCAAACAGCAGGAAGAGAGGCGACAGUGGUCCUGUCCUACUAAGGACAAUGUUAAAUCAGCCAGACAGCCAGGCACUGCCCCCCUCCCCACCGACUUACUCGAUGACUACAACGAAGUUUCUAUGGACACAGAAGACAGCAACGAUGAGCGGCCAGGACGUACUCGCCCAGACUUGCCCUUUGUGCCGUCCCUCCCACUAGAGACACAAGCUCCAGUCCCCCAACCUCCAGAGGCGAGUGAAAGGAAGGGAGGUUCUGGUCAUGAUGGCAGCUACCUGCAGAUACUGCCUGAGAGGGAUGGGAAGAAAGCUGGGGACAUCUCUGACACAGACAGCAGGCCAACAAAAGACAUCCCCUGUGAGCCUGCCUCUUCAUCACAAAGAGCAACAGACCAGAACCCAGAAACGUUUGCAACAAGCAGCCGUCCUGCACUGAUGUCGCAGGCACCCUCUUCUACCCAAACGUCAGCUUCAGACUCCUUUAAGUCUCCUACCAAUGUCUUGAAAAGCAAAGAUGCGAGGGGCAUCGGGGGCGGGGAACCCACCCGUGUUGCAGUACUGGCGAGGUCCACUAGUUGUCCAGACGAGAGGCAUUCUAGAAAUCCUAGCGGUUGCGACGGGAGGAGAAUUGGUGAAAACGCUGCGGCAUCUCCGAGCGAAGAGCGCAUCCGGAGAACCAGCGAAAGUGACGGCAGUGACUCGGAAGGAGCUGCGGCGAAGGUUCUGGAGAAACUCCAACUGCCGCCACACCUACAGCGAGAACUGGGGAAGUAUCUAACCGCCAAGAACAAGGCGGGCAGCGGGACCAUGCAGCCGAACAUCGCGGGAGCCCGCAGCAGGCUGAAGCCGGGCAGCAGUCAGCGGAAGGGAGACGUCACGGAGACCGGACUGCCCUCGGCGCUCAUCCAGUUCCUGAACUCCCCCAAAUCACGGAACAGACAACACCAGCAGUGGAGCCAACUGGUACAGCAUCAGCAGGGCCAAAAACAGAAAGCGACCAGACUUCCCAGGUUUGGUCUCCAGCUGGGACCACCCUCCCUCUCCGGUAACCCAAACGACCUGGACCCGCAGGCCAUCACCAUCAACCUGCAGGACAUCGCCCUGCACGAGCUGUCCAUGGAACAGCUCAAGGAGAUCAGCGAGGCCGCGGCUGAGCUAAACAUCACCGCAGACAGCGACCACGAGGGGCAAGAAACGGCGGAAAGGCCUGAGGACCGUAGUACGGCGGGGAGCGGGACUAGAGUGAAGGUAGAGCCCACUUCUGACGACUUCCCAAGUUUGGAAGAAGCGCCGAGUGCUCGGACAAGUUCCAGCUCCUCAGUAAGAGUACAGAGGCAUCGCCGUGUGUUGGCGCAAGCAUCGGAAGAACCCACAGAUCUGACUGUCCUUCCUUCUCGCCUCCAUCAGUCUGACACAGAAACAGCCAAGGUAGUAAAACAGGAACCUGAGCCAAGAGACACAGAGACGUCUGACGGUCAGCAAGUCCAGUCUGAGCGCAGAGACGAUAUUCCCGGCUCUAUCGAAGAGGGACAACAGUCGGAGCCAGUGCGGCUUCCCAUUGCAGAAAAAGAGACUCCAGUGCCAGCCCCACCACAGAAGGAAGCACCCUUGCCACGCAUUAGUGACAUCAAGCAGGAAAAAGAGGAUACGGAUGUUGUAGCAGCCUCGCCACAGGAGAACAGAGAAGAUCAGAACACGAGAAACAAGAGGACGUACGCUGAAGUCGAGGCGGCGGAAGAUUCGAGCAGCACAGCCGGACCGGCGCAGCAGGACCAGGUGAAGAAGAGGAAGCCGCCGGACGGUUCAGAGCCGGAGACCAGCCCGCGGGUCAACCUGAACCAGCUGCUGACCAUCUCCCUACAGGAGGAGGCGCUGCACAGGAGACAGUCAGCCGUGGAACAGCGCAUCGCAGAGGUCAAGGUCAUCAUGCAGAAGGCUGUGGACGAGCUGCACCAACUGGAGGUCAAGAAAGCUCAGGUUGUUCAGCAGGUGUCUCACCUGAGACAGAAGAGGCUGGAGAUUCUGCAGGGGGCCGUCUCCCAGCGGAGCUCCGCCUCCAACUCACGAGCCUCCACCGCCGUGGCCUCCCCCACCCACAGCACCCCCCGGGACCAGUCUCCCCACCCCCCCUCGUCAUCAGCCAUGGACCAAAGCAGCAAGGCCGCCGUCACGCACAACACCACUCUGUCUGCCUUAGACCAAAGUGCCAUCUCCCCAUCAGCUAACACCAGUGGUCUCCAGUCCAACCUUACAGUACAGAUUGACAGCAGUUUGAACCUUUCCCUAGGAGACACCACCGUGGUGAGAGUGAAGGAGGAACCCGUGUCUCCCACAAGUCUGUCUGCGCAGGGCGUCAGUCAGUACGCCACCCCACCGGAGUUCCUGAUGUCGGGAUCUCUCGCCGAUGCCCGUACUAGAUCAGGAUCUUAUGCAAGCCUUCUCGUUGCCAAGUCUACUGUUAAACAAAAAGACCAGUCUGCAAAGUCCACCGCCCGUAGCUCGUGUAACGAAGGUUUUGUUGACCAACCUGCCGUCAAUACCUCACCAGGUACCGCUGCUUUCCAGUAGUGGGAACCGUAGAGGGAAAGAACCGUACCUGUCUUUCCUCCGUUAGAUUUCAGAGCAGAACAGUCGCAGACUCACACACCAUCCCCUGUAAAACAGCAAACUAAGAAAAAGAAACCAGCUGGGGUUAGGAUGGAGGUAGAGGUAAGUGCAGAAGAAAAGAAGGGACAGUACCAGAGCCCCAUGCUCAAACAGUUGGCUGCUAACUUCCAACAGCUGAGAAGUGCCUCCCAACACUUCCUACAGGAAAGUGAAGACAUUGUCAACACCCCUCAGAGUACACCUGUGGUGUCCAUACACGGAGGGAAAAAGGGCAGCGGUGACAGUACUCUGUGCAGUGUAGACGACUUGCUGCUUGCUCAGCCCGGUACGUCAACAAAAGACAGUGCAGCAGGCACAACAGAGAAACAACAGAGACAAAAAAAGGGUAGGGAAAAGAAAGAGGCACGAACUGACAGUACCAUGAGGCCGCCAAGCAGAGCGUCCAGUGUAGACAGCGUGGGAAAUUCCAAGGGCACGAAGAGAAAGAGGAAGAAGAGAAAGCCGUUCUUCCAGGCAGCGCCGUCCGAGACAAGUCCAGACGACCACCCUCGUGUGCCAAGAAGGAAGCCUCGAUCAGCAAAAAAGACGUCAGCAAAGUCCGCAAGCAAGGGCGCGUGGGCGCAGAGUGCAGAACAGCGUCCCGACAGAGACAGCUUCUCAGAGAUUGUGGACAGCGCGCUGUCCAAGCCUCGGAAGGAGAUGAAGAGUCCGGACAGCACGGAACAGCUUCAGGGAGAGCGGCCGGCCAGCCCCGCGGAGAGCGUUUCGCUGAUCGACGUACCGGAACGGGCGAUGGAAGUGUUGGUUAUAGACUCGGAUGACGAGGAUAAACAAGACCAGGUGACCUCCAGCCGUCCUGCGUCCCCUACUGAAGAACAGAACGUGGUAUCAUCCACCUGUAUGGGCAUGUCUACUACUAACUCAUCCCCACCUGAAGGAGCAAGGCUGCCUACACUGUCAAGAGAACAACUGCUGAUUGAGCCAGCUGUGGCACAAAAGAUCAGGAAGCAGUUGAAGAAAGAAGCUUCUAGUGUAGGGAACGUAAAAGAGACCCCGACGUCCAGUCAGUCUGACCACCCAGCCCAGUCUGGAGUGAACAGGACUCAGGACCACACUCCUGGUUCUUUUGUGGGGCACACUGCAGGAGUGGUGGCUAUUCAGAUCUCAGGAGACUACCUGUACAGUGUGUCUGCAGACAUGGUGGCUAAGGCCUGGAGUCUGGUCAGUAGAGAGUGUACACAGGUGUACAGGGGACACAACAGGAAGAUUAACUGUCUACAGGUGCUGAGGAGCCAGGGUGGAGAAGAGAGGCUGUACACAGGCUCCAGUGACAAGACUGUCAGGUGCUACAACGUGCAGACGGCGGCCUGUGUACUGAAGUAUGAGCUGGAUGACCGUGUGCUGUGUAUGCACCAGAACUGGAACACCCUGUACCUGGGACUGGGCAACGGUCAGGUCAUCUCUAUCAAUGCACAGACCAAGAAGUGUAUGGACAAGUUUGACUGCCACACCCCGCGAGCCAUCAGCUGUAUCACCACAGGGAUGGAGGGUCCGCGCCGCCUGCUGCUGGUGGGGUCGUACGACGCAACUAUCUCCAUCAGGGACGCUCGGGACGGACUGCUGCUGAAAACUCUCACAGGACACUCCAAAACACCGCUCUGUAUGCAGGUUGUUAACCACCUAGUGUACAGUGGUUCAGCUGACACCAUGGUCAUGGCCCAUAACAUCAACACUGGGGAGUUACAGGGGAUCUACAAGGGCCACACACACGCAGUGACGGGUAUACACGUGGUGGGGAAGGUGAUGAUCACAGCCUCGCUGGACCGGCUGGUGCGGGUGUUUGAGGUGGCCUCUCAGGAGAAACUACAGGUGUACGGGGGACAGAAGGACAUGAUCAUGUGUCUCAAGGUGCACAAGAGCAUGGUGUAUGUGGGAUGCUAUGAUGGGAGCUUGACUGCCCUGCCACUGGACCUAACCAAGAACUUUAGAUGUUGGUGGCGCACCUGCAGCCUGAUCUUUGGCAUGCGGGAGCACCUGAAGCAGCACCUGGGGUCGGACCACAUCCAGCCCAACUACAACACCAUCACCUGCUGCUGGAAGUCAUGUGGCAAGGACUUCUGCAUGAAGAAACACAACAUGCAGGAGGUACAACAGCACCUGUCAGCUCAUGUAGAUCAGCACUAUGUGAUGGAGACAUGACAAACAACCCAAGAGAUAUAGAACAGGACUCCUCAGUCAACUCUCAAGGACCAAGUUCACUUUUGUAAGAAUGCAUGCAGCAGCAGGUCUUUUUACGUUUGCCUUCUUCUCCUGGACCUGAUGGCUGUCACCAUGGUAACUGGUGCUGUAGCAGACACCAUGUAGAUUAAUGAUUAUGUAGCAAGUGGCAGGACAGAGUUGGAGGGUCACCAUAAAUAUGAAUGUGUUGAAGUAAGAAUAAACAGACUGUGUGAAGGUAGAUAUGAUGUCUUUGCUUUGCAAAUGUCACAUUUUUAGUUUCUUUACAUUGUUUUUUUGGAGGACAAAUUUGUGAAAGCUGACGCUGUGAAAGGUAAUCAGUAGAUAGAUAGGCACUGUACUGUAUAGAUCAUAAUAUGAAGUUUGAGUUCCAGUCUUGAGUUGUAAUGCCUCUUAUUUUCUAUUGAAGAGAGCAAGGGCAGAAACUUCUCACAAAUUGUACUUUUUUGUCCAUUUUUGCAUACAUGUACUUGUCACUGGUGUCCUACAGCAAGUAUUUAUUCUGUGUAGUCUGUAAUGAUCAGUAAACAAGAAGUUUUAUAAAGGGUUGAUACUUGGUGCUAACUUCUGUACUGGUUGAGGUGGAUCAGUCAUACUUUAGUAGUUCUGAAGUAUAUUAUAAAUGACCAUAAUGAACAGCCAUACAUUUACUAAUAUGUUUGUCAGUUACUUCUUGUUUUCAUUUCAGUCCUUUGGGUUUGGUCAUGAGUUGGAAGGGCUAUGAUGUACAGGUACAUGUAAUUGAUUUUUUUUUUACUGUAUGGAAGAAAAAAACACUGUAAAUAGCAAAUGCUGCUGGACAGGUGUGUUAUGACCUUGUGAUGUCCUUCAACUGAUUUUCUACCUUUGCUAAAGGAAAGUUUGGUAUAUUUGUACAAAAGUUGUAAUGUCUAAUACUGGUAUUGGUUUUGCUAGUUUUCUACAUAAAAAGAUUGCUCCAGUCAGAGAAAUAUGUAAGGGGAAAAUUGUAGUUCAGUCACUUCCCCCACUUUUUUGUGCUUUCUAUGCAAAUGUACAUGUAUGUUGACCUAUGUUAAUACCAUUUAUCAGUCCUCAUACCAUUGUUUUUUGAAAGGACCUCAAAAUAUUGCUAUACCAUCCCUCUUGUUCAGGAUAUUUCCAUACCAGUAUUAUAGAGCAGUACAUGUUCCCUCACUGGAAUCUUCCUACAUGUAUGUCUGGAAUUCUCUGUCUGAAAAAUUUUAAAACUUAUAACCCUCUGAGAUGCUAUUUCCUGCUUAUUGAGGGACAUUUUUUGUAAAGUUAUGUUUUUCCUCUGUUAUAGUUUCAUUUAAAAGGCAAAUUUUAGUUUUAUUAAAAAGAUUUAUGAAGGGCCACAAAAAGGAACACCCCUAGGCUGUUCGAAAAACAAGUGUAGGGAGCUAAAUCACAGCCAUAGGGGGUCCAAAACAGCCUAGUGAGUGCAUUUUGUACACGUUUGUGACUGUUAAUUGAAGCUACUGUACAGUCAGCUAGAAAGAUGGAAACUUCCUUUCCAGUCACAUCUCAAUAAUUGAUUUCUCCUCAUAGAAAUCGACCCACUUGAUGUAAGCAACUUUUAGUUGCCCAGCUUGGCAUUUGUAUGACGGGGUGGUUUGCAUUUGAAUGUGUAAUUGUGAGUAUGUAAAGUCCAUCUGAUGGACUUAAUGCAAGUUGGUACCACCGAAAUAACUAUCAUCUGGUGCACAAGUUCAUGUGAUCUUCAUGUAAACAUUAAUCCAUGACAAGUUGGUUUCCCACCUGUACUGUUAUUGUAUGUACCAAAAGUAUUCUAAGUGACUGUUGGCCACACCAAGUUAAUUUGUUGCUUCUCAGAUUUUUGCAGAAAAAAAAGGCUUAGGUGUCGUAUGAAAGCCAGAAUGCUGAUAGGAGCCAUGAAGUCAAUGUACCAGGCUUGUUUGUAAUAUUCACACAAAUUACUGCAUUGAUAGAUGGAAAAACGGUAACGAUUAGGAAGACAUUCAAUGACUUUCUUAAGCAUUUUGUAGUCAGUUCAAACCUUUUUGUUCAAAUUUUUUUUGCAAAUCAGAAAAAUAUGAAGUGGGAGAAUCUGAGAACUAAUAGAUUAAAUUACUGUGGCCUUACCUAAGUUUGUGCAUGAAGUCAGGUUGGUUCUUUGGAGUGUGAUACUGCUGUGUUCAGUGGUGUGAACUGGGUCUAUUUGGAGGUUUUUAAAAUGAAACAAAAUGUGAAAGAAAGAUGCCAAGGGAAGCUUAUAAGAAAUUGUCUUCAGGUAAACGUAGCCUGCUUUUAGGGACUUUUGUUCAGUUAGACAAGUCCAAAAGCAAGGCAAGUUAAUAAUUUCAUAUUCAUAUCUGGGAGUCAUAUAAAUCAUGCAAAUGUGUAUGUGGUGAGAAAUAUGGUGUGACAGUUUUUACAGAAAGGUAUUUUUGUUGGAAACCCUGACGUAUUUUGUGUACUUGCUCUGAUGCUUCCAUUUAAUUAA